UUAAAAUGGCCAUCUGAAUGCUGAAAAGGCUGAGAACCCUGUACAGCACUCAGUCUGAUGUCUCAGCGAUUUCAAUCCUGUGCUGAAAGCCUACAGUAUUUCUGGAGAGCCUUAGGAACACUCAAGAGUUGGACCUGAGGUUUUUGGUAAAUGUCUGAGAGGAUUUUCCACAGAAACAAUGUCUUUGGUUCCAGUAACUCCCUAUACAUAUACACCCCUGAAUCUACUUAAAGAAGGUGCAAUUGUCAAUGUCUAUGCUGUUGUGAAAUUCUUUAAGCCUCCAUACCUCAGCAAAGGAACUGAUUAUUGCUCAGUAGUAACAAUUGUGGACCAGACAAAUGUGAAGUUAACAUGCAUGCUCUUUAGUGGAAACUACGAAGCCCUUCCAAUCAUUUAUAAAGUUGGAGACAUUGUUCGCUUUCACAGGCUGAAGAUCCAAGUCUAUAAAAAUGAGCUUCAGGGAAUCAACAGCUCUGGGUUUGCAUCUCUGACCUUUGAAGGAACUUUAGGGACUCCUGUCACAGCGCGUACUUCAAGCAAACUGUUUAGCUUCACUGCUCAAGAUGAAAAAAUGGUAGAAGCCUUGCGGGUUUGGGCAUCCACACACAUUUCAGCCUCUUCAACUCUAGUGCAGCUGUGUGAUGUUCAACCCAUGCAGUACUAUGACCUCACUUGUCAGCUCCUGGGAAAAGCAGAAGUGGAUGGAACAGCAUUUCUUCUAAAGGUAUGGGACGGGACAAGGACGGUGUUUCCCUCUUGGAGAGUAUCCAUACAAGAUCUUAGUUUUGAAGGUGAUUUAAGUCACAUUCUACGGCUCCAGAGUCUGGUGAUAGACAUUCUAGUCUAUGAUAACCAUGUUCAAGUGGCAAAAUCCCUGAAGAUCGGAAGCUUUCUUAGAAUCUAUAGCCUCCAUACCAAACUUCAUUCUGUUAAUACAGACACCAACAGUUCAUUGUUAAGGCUGGAGUUUCAUCUCCAUGGAGGGACCAGUUAUGGUCGGGGGAUCAGGGUUUUGCCAGAAACUAGCUCUUGCGUGGAUCAGCUGAAAAAAGAUUUAGAAGGUGCAGAUACGGCAGUCAAUCAGCCCUCAAAUAGUACCUGUGAGUCAGCAAAUGAGGACAACUUUGAACUUUCAAACUCCGGAUCAGGCUCAGUAUCACUGUAUGAGGUAGAGCGAUGUCAGCAAGUCUCUGCUACAAUACUCACAGAUCACCAGUAUUUAGAGAAAACACCAUUGUGUGCCAUUUUGAAGCAAAAAGCUCCUCAGCAAUAUCGAAUCCGUGCAAAACUGAGAUCAUAUAUGCCCAGAAGACUUUUUCAGUCAGUUAAGCUUCUUUGUCCUAAAUGUCAUUCGUUGCAAGAAGUUCCAUACGAGGACAGUUUGGAUAAAAUUUUGCAAGAUGCUGCAACUAAAGCUCCAAACAGCAAUCUGCAAGAUACAUCACUGUAUGACUCAAAAGUCUGGUCCACUGAAGGCCAAGGAGGACGGCAGGUCGCUGUUCAUUUUGUGAAAAAUGAUAACAUUCUCCCUCUUUCAAGUGAAUGUCUAAUUUUGAUAGAAGGAGGAAGGCUAUGUGAAAUCUCUAAACUAUCAAGCAAGUUUCACAGUGUGAUUCCUGUGAGAUCCGGCGCUGAGGACCUGGAGCUGUUAGACCUUUCAGCACCAUUCCUCAUACAAGGAAAAGUGUAUCACUAUGGAUGUAAACAGUGUUCAAGUUUGAAAACUAUACAAAACCUAAGUUCCCUUCGUAAUAAGGGACAAUGGAUUCCUUCCACUGUGGCAAAAGUUCUGGGCAUUGUGCCUCUACAGUAUGUGUUUGUUAUGACUUUUACUCUGGAUGAUGGAACAGGAGUACUAGAUGUGUACCUCAAGGAUUCUGAGAACUUUUUCAAGAUCCCAGCAUCAGAAGUCCUCAAUGAUGAUGAUCUUCAAAAAAGUCUAGAAACAAUCAUGGAUAUGAUGUGCCCUCCAGAAAUAAAAAUUGAUGCAUACCCAUGGCUGGAGUGCCUCAUCAAGUCCUACACUGUCACCAUUGGAACAGAGCAGAGAAUUUGUUACCAGAUUUUUGACACCACAGUUGCAGAAGACACCAUCUAGUGAUGCCACUCAGUACAGUGGGGUUACAACUCUCUGUGAGAUUCUCAGAAGACACUUCACUAUUGUCAAAGUAUUGGACCCAUGUUCUCUAUAGUUGAUUUUUGUACAGAAAGUCAUGUUAUUGUUAUUUAUGCCUUCUUGUGAACAUGUUAAAAAUGCAUUGAUGCUCAACAUAUCCAGGGAGGUACAAUAUGAAGCUAUAGCACUUGAGGACCAGGCUUUCUUGACUCCCAUUUAUAAAACACUGGUGGCUACUUUUCAUCCUGUGCUGUUUCAUUUGUCUAUGGAAGAAUCUGCCUAACCACCCUGCUGAAAGAAGUCUUGUGCUUCCACAUACAAGUAUAUGGUUAGCUGAAUUUCACUUGAACAAAUGUUAUAUCUGAGUGAGUCUCCGUAUGCUAAAAGCAGUGAUUGCUUUAAGUAGACAUGGAAGAAUUGUUUUGUUUAGGUCAUGAUGUUGCUCAUUUUAGAAUAAAUGUUAUCUCUUUAAAACCAAUAGUAUAUUUGACUUCCUGCUUCUCUCUGUAAUACUAAAGUUAUUCCAUUUCUUACCAGAUAAUAAACUAAUAAAAUUUA